AUUUGUGCAAGGAUUGAGUUUUUAUGACUCUCAAACCAUGGGGCAAAGGGGCAGAUCAAGUGUUGCCAUCAUAUGCUUUAAAUCAGGAAAAAUCAAGGAGAAAUCAGAAGAAGCAGGUCUAAGUCUCCUUCACCAGUCCACCUUCUGAAAAUCCUGGAUAAUAAACGCAAUUGGAAAGAUCCGGCACAUUUUCCAUAACAGAUCGGAUUUUGGAACUGCAAAUUAGCUUCUGGGGAGCAACGAACUCAGCGGACAAAGUCUGGACCUGAAACUGAAAUCAAAUGUUGUCCCUGUGAAGAUCUACUCGUAGUUCUCUCGCUCCUCUUGCAUUGCCUGUUCCCCUCUACAAUGAAUCCUAACAGCUUGCUCAGGCAUGUUGUCAUGCUUCUAAGUACAGUGCUGGGUUUUUGUGGAAGCUUAGAGUUCUCUGGCUCAAAAGGUCAGUGGGCUCGCUACCAGCGUUGGGACGCCAGCUCCACAAGUGACCUGACCUUCCAGUUCAAGACCUCGGCGUCAGAGGGCCUUCUGCUGUACUUUGACGAUGGCGGAUACUGUGACUUUCUGCUGCUCACCCUGUCUGAGGGGAAGCUUCAGCUUCGUGUGAGCAUCGACUGCGCUGAGACCACCAUCACCUCGGCCAAGAUGGUCAACGACAGCCGCUGGCACUUUGCUGCCAUCAACAGGGAAAACUUGCGGACUGGCUUGGCUGUGGAUGGCCAGACCAGGACGGGAGAGGUGCGACCUCAGCGGCACUUUAUGAAAAUCGUUAGCGACCUCUUCUUGGGGGGGCUUCCUGAGGACAUCCGCAUGUCUGCCAUUACCCUCCCCUCUGUCUGUGAGCUACCAGCAUUCAGAGGAGUUAUCUCAGACCUCAGUUACGGGAGUAAGCUGCCCACGUUAAUCAACAGUCAGAAGGUACGCUUGGAGAUGAUUGGCCUUUGCACGGAGAACCCCUGUGAGAACGGCGGGAUCUGCUCUCUGGCAGAUGGAGAAACCUACUGUGACUGCUCCAGAACUGGAUAUGUAGGUCGAUACUGCACUGAAGCAGUCCCAAGAAAACCAGGCCUCGCACACCUGAAGGCAGAACAAGGUAGAAACAAAGUGAGAGAAGAAAAUGUGGCCACUUUCCGUGGCUCCGAGUACUUCUGCUACGACUUGUCCCAGAACCCCAUUCAGAGCAGCAGUGACGAAAUCACACUGUCAUUCAAGACCUGGCAACGCAACGGCCUGCUUCUCCACACUGGGAAAUCUGCUGACUAUGUCAACCUGGCGCUGAAAGAUGGGGCAGUUUCCCUCGUCAUCAAUCUGGGCUCCGGGGCUUUUGAGGCCAUCGUUGAGCCAGUCAACAGAAAAUUCAAUGACAACUCCUGGCACAACAUCAAAGUGACACGCAACUUGAGACAGCAAUCAGGCAUUGGACACGCUAUGGUAAACAAACUACAUUGUCUGGUGACAAUCUCCGUCGAUGGGAUCCUCACCACAACUGGCUACACCCAGGAAGACUACACCAUGCUGGGUUCUGAUGAUUUCUUCUAUGUGGGCGGGAGCCCGAGCACUGCAGACCUGCCGGGAUCUCCAGUUAGCAACAAUUUCAUGGGCUGCCUGCAAGAGGUGGUGUAUAAGAACAACGACAUUCGGCUGGAGCUCUCCCGGCUUGCCCGCAUCGAUGACCCGAAGAUGAAACUUCAAGGUGACAUUGUCUUCGAGUGUGAAAAUGUUCCUACUUUGGACCCCAUCAACUUUGAGACGCCUGAUUCCUUCCUGGCUUUGCCAAAGUGGAACACCAAACGCGUGGGCUCCAUCUCCUUUGAUUUUCGCACCACUGAACCGAAUGGGCUGAUCCUCUUCACUCAAGGUAGGCCUCAGGACAGGCGGGAUGCCAAAGGCCAGAAGAACAACAAGGUGGACUUCUUUGCUGUGGAACUGCUGGAUGGGGCGCUUUUUCUGCUGCUGGACAUGGGCUCUGGGACCAUCAAAGUCAAAGCCACUCAGGCUAAAGUUAAUGAUGACGCAUGGUACCAUGUGGAUAUCCAGAGAGACGGCCGUUCAGGCAUCAUCUCAGUAAACAGCCAUCGGACCCCUUUUACUGCAAGUGGAGAAAAUGAGAUCUUGGACCUUGAAGGAGACCUUUAUUUGGGCGGUCUGCCUUACAACCGGGCGGGUUUGGUGCUCCCCACAGAGCUCUGGACCGCCAUGCUCAACUACGGCUAUGUGGGCUGCAUCCGGGAUCUUUUCAUUGACGGACGGAGCAAGAACAUCCGGCAGAUCGCUCAGAUGCAAAACAUAACUGACAUCAAGUUUUCCUGCAGCAAGAUAACGGGAAAGCAUUGUGACAGCAGCCCCUGCAAAAACAAUGGAGCGUGUAGGGAGGGAUGGAACCGAUUCGUGUGUGAUUGCACUGGGACGGGCUUCUGGGACAGUACCUGCGAGAGAGAGGCAUCCAUCCUAUCCUUUGACGGCACCAUGUACAUGAAGGUGGUGAUGCCAAACGUGAUGCACACCGAGGCCGAGGACGUCUCCCUCCGGUUCAUGUCCCAGCGAGCGUUCGGCCUGCUCAUGGCCGCCUCGUCUCGUGAGUCAGCAGAUACUUUGCGGCUGGAGCUGGACAGCGGGAGGGUCAAACUGACGGUCAACCUUGAUUGUGUCAGGAUAAACUGUAACACCAGCAAAGGCCCUGAGGUUCUGUAUGCUGGAGAAAAGCUCAACGACAAUGAGUGGCACUCAGUGCGAGUGGUCCGCCGGGGUAAAAACUUCAAGCUGAUUGUGGAUGAAGACAUGGCUGAAGGUCAGAUGGCGGGCGAUCACACCCGUCUGGAGUUCAACAACGUGGAAACGGGAAUCCUGACUGAGAAGCGUUUUGUCUCAUCGGCACCUUCACCUUUUAUCGGCCACCUUCAGAGCCUCAAAUUCAACGGCAUGCAGUACAUUGACAUGUGUAAAAAUGGGGACAUUGAUUUCUGCGAGCUCAACGCCCGCUUUGGCAUGCGCUUCAUCAUCGCAGACCCCGUCACCUUCAAGACCAAGGCCAGCUACCUGGGCUUGGCCACCCUGCAGGCGUACACCACGAUGCACCUGUUCUUUCAGUUUAAAACCACCUCGCCCGAUGGCUUCAUCCUCUUCAACAGUGGAGACGGGAACGAUUUCAUCGCCGUGGAGCUGGUCAAAGGGUUUAUUCACUAUGUGUUCGACUUGGGGAAUGGGCCCAGUUUGCUGAAAGGGAACAGUGACAGUCCUCUGAAUGACAACCAGUGGCACAAUGUGGUGAUCACAAGAGAUGCUUCCAAUACACACACACUUAAAGUGGAUUCAAAGUCAGUCAACCAAAACGUUAACGGAGCCAAGAACCUGGACCUUAAAGGUGACCUGUUCAUUGGAGGUCUGGGACCCAACAUGUAUCAGAAUCUCCCCAAACUGGUGGUUUCUCGAGAAGGUUUCCAGGGCUGCUUAGCCACUGUGGAUCUGAACGGCCGCCUGCCAGACCUGAUCAGCGACGCCCUUUUCCGUAGCGGACAGAUUGAGCGUGGCUGUGAAGUCGCUUUCACCAAAGCCGACCUGCAAGGUCCGAGCACCACCUGCCAGGAGGACUCGUGUGCCAACAUGGGCGUGUGCAUUCAGCAGUGGGAGAACUUCACCUGCGACUGCUCCAUGACCUCCUACACGGGGACUUACUGCAAUGACCCUGGCACCACCUACAUCUUUGGCAAAGGAGGGGGUCUGAUCACAUACACAUGGCCCAACAACGAGAGGCCAAGCACCAGGGCGGACCGGCUGGCAGUUGGCUUCAGCACCACCAUCAACGACGGCAUCCUGGUCCGCAUCGACAGCGCCUCAGGCCUGGCGGAUUUUAUCAUGCUCCACAUCGAGCAAGGCAAAGUGGGUGUGACGUUUAACAUUGGGACAGUGGACAUCAGCGUUAAGGAGACGUCCACAGUGGUCAACGAUGGCAAAUACCAUUUAGUGAGAUUCACCAGGAAUGGGGGCAAUGCAACCUUGCAAGUGGACAACUGGCCCAUCAACGAGCACUUCCCCUCAGGCAACAGCGACUUUGAGCGCUUUCAUAUGGCAAAUAAGAAAAUCCCGUUCAAAUAUACCCGGCCAGUAGAGGAGUGGCUUCAGGAGAAAGGACGGCAGCUGACAAUCUUCAACACUCAGGCCUCCAUUUCCAUCGGGGGAAACGACCGUUUGCGGCCCUACCAGGGCCAGCUCUCCGGCCUCUACUAUAACGGCCUGAAGGUCCUCAACAUGGCGGCCGAAGGCCAUCCCAACAUCAAGGUGACCGGCAGCGUGCGGCUGGUGGGCGACGUGCCGCCCAGCCGGGGCGCCACGCGCACCACCACGUCCGUGCCCCCGGAGAUGUCCACCACCUUCAUCGAGACCACAACCACCCUGUCUACUACAACCACACGCAAACAGAGAUCGCCACCCACUAUUCAGACAACAGAUGACAUUGUUUCGUCAGCAGAGUGUUCCAGCGACGACGAGGACCUGGAGGAGUGCGACUCCGGACACGCAGGAGGGGAGCUAGUCAUCCCUGUGCUAGUCGAGGAGCCCAUAGACAUCCCUUCUGUCUCCACCCGUUCACCCUUCAUCCCCCUCCCCCCAACCCUCCACCCUGUCCUCACCAUUUUUGAGACCACCAAAGAAUCCUUGGCCAUGGCCACUGAGGCGGGGGUACCUUGCUUGUCGGACCGAGGCAGCGAUGAUUGUGAUGGUGGUGAUGAUGGUGAUGAUGGUGAUGAUGAUGAUGAUGGCAUGGUGAUUUCGGGGUUUGGCUCUGGCGAAGCUUUCGACUCUAGCCUGCCCCCGACUGACGAUGAAGAUUUUUACACCACCUUCUCCCUGGUAACAGAUAAAAUCUUGACCACAUCGGCCUUUGAAGGCGGCUACAAAGCUCUCGCACCCAAGUGGGAGGCCAAGGACUUGAGGCCUAGCAAAGCCUCAGAGUCAGGUAGGACUACAUCCACCUUGGCUCAGCCCAACAUCCGAGGUACAGCCCCGGCGGCGGUCCCAUCAGACACGCCACCCAAACUGCCCGCAGGGAAAAUGAAUAACCGCGAGGUAAAGCCCCCACAGCCAGACAUGGUCCUGGUGCCCUUGCCCACAUCCUUUGAUAUGGACGGCACCAAGCCUCGGGGCCCCUUCAUCACCUCGCCUAUGCUGCGUACAGUGCCUGCUCCCUUGCCCACCGUGCCUGGCGUGGUACGGCGAGUGCCCUCAGGGGCCUCGGAGGUGAUCCGGGAGUCCAGCAGCACCACGGGCAUGGUGGUGGGCAUCGUCUCAGCUGCCGCCCUUUGCAUUCUCAUUCUUCUCUAUGCCAUGUACAAGUACAGGAACAGGGAUGAGGGUUCCUAUCAGGUGGACGAAACACGCAAUUACAUCAGCAACUCGGCGCAAACCAAUGGUGCUGUGGUGAAAGAUAAAGCGCCCAGCAGCAACGCCAAAGGCAAUGCCAGUAGCAAGAGACCGAAAGACAAGGACAAGGAAUAUUAUGUAUAGAAAUCAAACCAUUUCCCAACAUGCUCAAAUAAACUGUUUGAAACAAAGCUACGGACAUCCUGACAGUACCAUAUUGGCAACUGUGAUUUCAAACCAAACCUCUUGAGAACUUAAGACUCACUGAGUCUCAUGAACACUUAGGAAGGAACUUUGGCGAAUGGAAGCUCACUUACUGCUGUUAGCGUUAUCAAGAGACAAUGCGGGAGGACUUUAAAGGGACGUUUUUAAGGGAAUCCCUCCUGGAGAUGUGGAAAGCAUCACUGACACCCACAUGACCCCAAGUGACAGGGAAGCGGUGUGUGAUCCUUGGAGUUCUAUUGACUUUGUCCAUUGUAACCCUGUAAAAUAUGAUCACUGUCAUUUCGGCCAUUCUGAGCAUGCAUGUGAGGUGUAUGUGACGUGUUGCUGGCAUCUGUGUAAGUGAGGGACCUCAAGAAACUAUGAUUGUUGGGGGAAGAUGGACAUGGAAACACGAUGGCUGUUCAAAGGGUUUCAUGAAAUGUAGCUUACGAACGCGACCCGAGGUUAUGUAACUUAGCGAAGUUGACUAAAAUCUGUCAUUUUUUUAUUUUUAGAACUUGUUUUUUUAUUCAUUGAGUUAUCAUUUAUAGUCUGUUUUUUCGAAAGAUUACUGCUUGUCACAGUUGGAAAUGCUGACUCUGUCACGUAUUUUCACAGAUUUUCUCUAUUCUUUGCACCAAAUUCAAAAUUUUAAAACUGUUUGACACAAAAAAAGCACUUUUUUAAUUAUUUUAACUGAAUACAAAGUCCUCCAAAAAGUGACUUUUCUUCGUCACGUUUGGUUUGCCACUUACGUCGUCUUCACGUUAUGUCCUGGGGCAAGGUCGACCAUUAAACAAUGAUAAAUGUGUCCCCAAAAAAAAUCUCAAAACUUACUGCAGAGUGAACAAGUGUGAAUUUUCUUACAAAAGGUUAUAAACAAUAUGUUUACAAAUUUUAUUACAUUUAGCUGUUGUGCUUUGCAGGUCAAUAUUGUACAGAAAAAUCAAGUUUCUGUUGAGUUUUUUCUCUUCAUUUAGGUUCCUCUGCUGUAGCAACAUGACAAAAACAUGUUUUGUCCUUUUUCCUUGGGAAAAAAAAAAGAAAGGAUGAGCACACUGACAUUUGUUUAGACAGGAAGUUCGUGUUAGGUUAGAUGUCCAGAGAUGUUUCUCUGUAGUAAAAACUUGAACAUCUAAAACUGUCAAAGAGAAAUAAUUCCUCCGGAUCUUGUUUAAGGGACUUUUCCAGAAAUAAGUUUCAUCAUGUUAUUUAUUUUUUUAUUGGAAAAAAAACAAGAAUAAAGACAGAUUAUGGUGGAAUAAGGGUUUGUGUUAGCCCCUUACUGGCUUACAGAUGGGCUCUUUUCUGUGUUUAUUAAUUAUUAUUUUUUUACCAUGAUGUCAGUGUCUUGUCUGCUUAACUAGUUUUCUCAUUUUUUCAUUUAUUAUGUAGCAUUAUGUUCUUUUUUUGUCAUUAACUGCUAAUAAUAUUUUGUCCUCACAUUCAUGCAAAGUACGUCUGUAUGUGCAUUCUCUUUUAUUUUAUUUUUUCUUUGUGUGUUUUUCCUUUUUCCAGCCGAUUAAUUAUUAUUGUUUCAUCUUUCUUUGACUUCAAGUGUUUCCCAGAAAUAAAAUGUUGUUCCCAAAUG